UGGCUAUUCUGUAACAACGCACAAUACAGAUGUAAGUAUAAAGGCUCCAUUGAGCUCUCACUCAGAUCAGCUUCCUGUUCACCUGGUCGCAUCGCAUCCCGGGAUGGCUUCUCUCCAAGUUUUUGUUUGUCUGCUGGGACUGGUUGUCCUGUGCCACUCUUACUGCUUCUUCCAGGAGUUGGCACCGAAAGAUCCGAAUAACCCUCCAAAAGGGUGUGUGGACAAGGACGGAAAGCAGCAUGAUUUCGGCUCUGAGUGGGACAGAGACUGCAUGGCGUGCUCCUGUACGAACGAGGGCCUGAGCUGCUGUAGCAAGAUCCCUGACGCGGACACAGUAGAUAUUCCUGAUGAGUGUGAGCUGGUUGUACACAAGGAAACCUGCUCUGCAAAGGUCUUGUUGAAGUCAGACAAGACAAAGGAGUGUCAGCCGAUGUGAACACACAACAAGCUUGACCCCUGCGUGUUUCGGAACAAAUGAGAUCCAAACUUGUCACCAGUCUUUCUCAUAAUUCAUAUUUGAUCAACUAUUUUAGGGUGCAUAUAUAAGCCACUAAUCCAAUCCAGAUUCAUUUGGUCUUUCUUGUCAUUUUUUAAAGUUUUUGACAAUAAAGAUAAAACCUAAAAACCA